GACAACACAUAACACACUCUCUUUUCUCCUCGAGUACCCAUUCUCUUCCUCCUAAAAGAGAGAAAAAUCUCUACUUUCAAAUCUCUUCCACGUCGAGCUGGGAUGACUUCGUCCGGCAGAAACUCUGACCGUCGUCGUCCACGACCCUCUGAGUCCACUCCGCCGGUAGUUCAACAAAGAAUGCCUCCAAGGACUUCAGCUUCAGAUCCUGUAAUGCCACCAGGAGCUAUUGGAUCAACAAGUGCUGCAUCUUCAGUUGCAAACAACUACACCCGUAUGACCCUUGAUGCAUUAUUGAACUCUCCCUCUAGAGAAUUCCAGCCACACCUCCAUCCAAGGAAACUCAAUGGUGCUUUAUGGUUCGGUAUAGACCCAUCUGUCUACAAAUUCAUCAAAACAACUUGGCAAGCCUACUACAUGGGACCAUGGAGUAGCUGGAAAUUUGUUCCUGAGGAGCGGACAGAUAAGUGGUGGCAAACUUUUGUGCAAAACUACUACUGGGAAAGUAGGUUUCACGACUUAGUCUACAAGAAAUGGAAAGUGCAUACACAGCAAACAAUCUGUCAAAAAAUCAGCAAGAGGAAGAGGCAAAAUCAGAAACCUAAGUUUAUAAACGAUGUUGAUUGGACCACUCUGAAGGAGCAAUGGGCAACAGAACCAGCACUUAAGAGGAGCAAGUCUGCUGCUGGAUCCCGUAUAUCUGACCCUACCGGCAAAGGGAUGCACAAGCAUUGUGCAGGUCCAGCUCAUUUUGGAAAGAUUGAGUAUGAUAUGAUGAUUGAGUCUGGUUCUGCUGAACCACCACCUUACACAGCGUUUGUGCGGAAGACACACACACGCAAAGAUGGAACUUUUAUUGAUGCCCGAGCUGAGUCCAUUGUGCUUGAAGUAGAGGAAGCUGUUACACAGAUGACAACUGAUGAUGGAUCUCCCAAUGCCUCAACAGCUGCUACUUCACGCAUUAAGUUCAACCAAGAAUAUCUCAAGCGAGGUCUAACUACUAGAGGGCGUAUUUAUGGAAUUGGUAGUGUACAAGACAGGGAUAUCACUCCAUCUGAACCUGUCCCUGCUUCUCUUAAACGCAACCUUGACACAGAGAUACGCAUAUCUGGUUUGGAGACUCAUCAUGAAGCUGUCAACAACAAUGUUCAAGAGCUCUGAUAACUAAGGUUUUUAGGCCUUAAGAAGGGUUAUCAAUCCCCUUGUCAAAGUAGUAUAAGGGGUGUCAAUCCAUAUGUGUGGUAGUUAGGCACUAGUUUAUGUGAUAAGUUGUUAAGUCAAGUGGUCAAAGACAGGUUUUUGAUAACAAAUAACAAAUGAAAUCAUAAACAAGAAACAAACAAGCAAUGAUAAGGAAGUAAUUAAAG